CUUAUUGAUUAACAUCAAAAGUCACAACACAUAAUGCUUCGUACUACUAUUCCAAGAUUAGCCGUCCGUCAACAAUCCACUGUUGCUAAGGCUGCUCCAAGAGCUUUAUCUAACUCCUACGUCGGUAGCUUAGACAAGAGAUGGGAAUCUUUACCAAAGGAUGACCAAACUACUUUAAUAGAAGAAUUAAAGACCAGAAUGGAAGGUCCAUGGCAAGAAUUGACCGCUGCCGAAAAGAAGGCUGCAUACUACAUCUCUUUCGGUGAAUGGGGUCCAAGAAGACCUUUGUACCAACCUGGUGAAAAGAGCAAGGUUUUCUGGGGUGUUGUAGCUGGUUUGGGUGCUGGUGUUGGUUUGUUUGCCUUCAUCAGAUCUUUCGCUGCUGAAGGUCCAACCACCAUGACUAGAGAAUGGCAAGAUGCUUCUGAUGAAUACUUGAAGUCCAAGAAGGCCGAACCUUUCUCUGGUUACUCUCAAGUCCAAUAAGCGUGGAGUGGGCCCGCUUCUUUUUAAACUUAACCAUAUUCAUGAAAUUAAAUAAUUGUGCUUUUUCAUACUUAACAUGAGCAUGAUAAAGUCACUUUCAUUCUCCCGCAUAUCUUAUUCCUUUUAUACUUUUUUAUACUAGAUCAUAUAAUAAGUUGUACUACGAUUUA